GGGUUAUGUUUGGAGGCGUUACUAAUUUACCAUCAUCAGAGGAAUCAGUUCUGAGGCCUGAGUUACACUCACGUGUAGAGUUUCCUGCUAAAAUGAAUCCGCGGCUACUUGCCUGUGUUGUGUUGGUGUCCCUGCUAUAUGUCACCCCUUUUAAUUGCCAGCCUGUACUUCUGCCCAACUAUAAAAUUUCCCUGUAUAACAACUCCCUAAGGCUCUCGACAGCGCUGUGGCUUCUCCCUGCGUAUUGUUUAUAUGAAGAAUGGCUAUUUAACACUGUUGAUCCCUCUGUGGCUGUCAAGCAGAAAUCAAGCAUCCUAGUGCAAGUACAGAUCCCAGGGGACAAUAAUACAUACAUUGUUCCGGGGGACUAUGAGGUGCCACAGUGCAGACCCAUUUUUAAUCCACUUCAAGCAACAGAACCAUUUGUGUAUCAGGUCGGCCCAAACAUUGAACUGGCUAACGGAAGCAGUGUCCAAACAGUUCUCCCAAGUCGCAGUUACAGGAUCCGCUAUGUGCUCUAUAAUGAUGCCAACACACAGAUUGCUAUUACCAACUGGUCUCAGCCUUUUCAAACUCAUGACAUUCCUCCAGCUCCUCGGGACAUGAAUCUCUGGCUGCAAGGCCGCUCUGGGGGAAUGGUGGUUAUUACUGUCCUCCUCAGCAUAUCCAUGUUCUGCCUGCUGGUCGGACUUGCUCUCGUCCUCGGGGUUAAACAACCGUAGGCUGGGAGGCUGUGUGUCUCCAUCCCGGCUGUCUGUUCAGCAACAGGGGCUGCAUCUGUGGGGCUGAAAUGAUAUUCCAUUUGGGUCGUGCUUUUUAUAUAUGUACUGUUAUUAUGCAAUAAAAGAGAAAACGUUUUA